UAUUAUUAUUAUUAUCACUAUUAAUUCGUAUUAUAUUAUUACGUAUUUUCUUUGGACGUCUUUAUCCGCAUUGAUGCUCCUCUCCACGCCCAAAACAGCUGGUGGCGGUAAUACACCAAAUUGGAAUGUCAACCACCAAUAAAUUGACAGAGGAAGAAAAUGUUUUGUCCUUUCUUGCGUUCCGUAGAGCGAAUGUCUACCGCGGGAGUUUUGAGCCUUCAAAGGCUUUGGUUGAAUAGUGAGGUGUUUUGAGUUGUUUGCAGUUCUUUGGUCUACAGGCAUAUUUUUAGUUUUGACGCUGACGGAAGUUUCAACUGUUUGAAGGACAGCCAGUAGAGAGACAGAGAGGGAGAGAUGGAGAAUCUGUUCAGCUGUCUGUAUGCUGGCCCAUUGUCUGCAUCUGCACAGAGGAUCGUGACCGCAUUAAGAGCCGAGUAUGCAGAUAGGCUCGACAGGAGCCACAGCUAUUUACAGCGAAGGCCUGUGAACCCGUUCCAGUCUCAGAGCACCUGGAGCCAAACCCAGAACAACCACUCUUCCUCCAGCAGAUCGUGGCCCAGGCCUUACUCCAGCUUCACUGGCACCCAGGGAGAGUCACAGACACCCAGGUGCUCAGCCCCAGAGAGGGACUCUUCACCCAGUCAUGCUACCUCUCUGCCUGCCUGGAUGGAGUCAGCAGAGAGGGAGCCAGUGCUUCCUUCCUUUACCCUGGAGAGGGAGUCUCCGUUGUCUCCGUUGCCCUUCCACUCUUCUCAAACUGAGUUUUCACUCCGCCUGGACUCCCCCCAGUACGAGCCCUCAUUCCACUUCCAGCCUGUGAAACGCUACUCUGGCUUUUUACACUCCCCCAAAAAAGACCGCCCGUUCCCCCUUCCAUCUCCUCAGAGAGGCUCCCCAUUCUCCUCCGUGUUCCCUCCGAAGGAGCCCCCUCUAACCCCUCCCUCCAUGGACACGGACCUGCAGGGGUUUACCAGGCCUGCUGCUGCUCCCAUAGGGGCGGUUAGGAGGCUGAGGAUGCCCCACCAGCAAGACAGGGCAGAACAUCUUCAGAGUCAAGCAGAGAACAGGUCUGACCAGGCCAGACAGCCGAUGAUACUGGAGACCCACGCCAGACUAGAGAGCCACCAAUCAGGACUGCAUAUGCACCACACCAGACCUGAGACAAACCAGACUGGACCCCAUAUUCAUCUGAUGCGGCCUGAGAACCACUGCAAAGAGACCAGACCAUGGGCAAAACCAGGUACCCACACCAGACUAGACAACCACCAGGUGGAUCCUGAUUUCUGUCACACCAAAUGUGAUAUCAGCCAGGCUGGACCAGACGACCUCCACACCAAACCAGCGAGUCAUAAGACACAGGCUAGUUCUGAGGCAUUCAGAGCAGGAAGUGAAUUUAGUGACUUGCAAAAGGGGGUAGAGGACAAAGACGAUCCACCGGCCACAUCACCUGUGAUUACAGUCCCGCAGAUUCCCAGCGGCAGAUCCAGACGGGAGGGCUGGGUUCUGUCAAUGAUGCCCAGUAGAGAGGCAUCAGAGAGGGGAGAGCAAACAGAGAACGUCCCCUUACCAGCUGAUCCAGCCAAGAAGUGGGAAUUUGGACGCUUACUAGUGCCAGCACACAGGAGCCCUAUGAACACAGCAGAAAUAGUGAGCUCACAGUUUGACAGACAAAGUGCUGGACCAAUGAGAGAAGAGAGUAGGGAGAUGGAAGUGGAUUUGGGCCACAGCUCUGAUAGAGUUGUGGCACAAGAGGAUGUGACUCCACUAGUGGAAGCUAGAGAUGAAAGGGAGACAAUGACACCUUCAAAGAGAGGCUGUGACCUGGGGUCAAUGUCCGAGAAGAGUCUGAUUCAGGUUCCCGUCCCGUGCUCAAGGUCCAGCAGCGCGGAAGAGACCCACGGAGGUCAUGAGAACACGUCUGCACAGGCACAUGACCAUCCCACCCAUCUCCUUGACACCCAGAUGGAGGCAGAGACAGAGCCUAACCCAGACUCUCAGCUGCCAAGUCUCCCGUCAGGUUCCGACUCCGCAGAAGCCCCUUCAGCGUUUGAACACGUCGAACACGCUCACGCCUUGAGCAGCUCUGACAUGCCUCGCCAUGGUAACCAACAUGAAAGUGAAGCUGACGACCGGUGUGACCGCGGUAACCAGAGUAACCACGGUGAACAUAAUGACCAGGGUAAUGAAUACGAAGAGAAUGCUUGGUUUGACAGAGAGACGGGCAUGACGGAGCCCAACACUCAGCAGGCGCUCACACACACAGACAUUCCGACAGCAGAGGAAAGCCACCCUGAGCAGAAGAGGCAGAAGAUCAGUCUGACUGAAGGAGGCACAGGAAAACAGCCGAAGAAGUUCCCAGAAGUGGAGAGGUUCACGGAAUCCCGUGCGGUAGACACAGCUUGGACCGAGGGACGUGGCCUUCAGAGGAGGCUGGGCGUGUGUGUGUGUGUCCAGGUUGUGUCUGGGAGUUCCAGUGGACUCUCUCCCAACAGAAGCUCCGGUCCCCCUAAAAGGCAUCUCAUGACUCCCAUAGCAAAGGGUUUAGUCGAGUCCCCCAGGAUCGCCUCCUCUCUCUCCCCCACCCCCAGGGCACACCCUACCCCCCUGUCUGAGAGGACCCUCAGCACCCCCUCACAGCAGCUCUCUCUAUCGCGCAGGCCCGUACGCUGGGAACCCCCUCGUUCUUCCCAGGGCAGCAGAGAGGAGACGGACGACUUCUCACACCAGAUAGAAACCACCCUCUGCUCCUGCCCCCGACCACAGGCCUCGGCAUCGGUGGCCCCGAAAACCAGCGCCACAGAACCGCACCCCACCGCUCACCCCCGCUCCGAGACACCCCACCCUCACCUCCCCCCUGUACCCCAGAGACCUCCCCCUCUGGGGUCGUAUCAGCAGAGCCCUGCCCCCGGUGAGCCUCCAGUGGGGGUCAAAGAUGAGUCCUCUGGGCCUCACGGCCGCCGCAAAAGGCCCCGCAGCAUCACCCGAGAGCCACCAAUCAGCCACCAGCCAGCCCCCAGGGCCACCAAUCAGAAGCAAGCUGGGGCGGGGCCUGAGAGACGACAGCCUGGUGUGACUGGAAAAGCUAGAGAGGAAGCAGGGAUGGCAACGACCAAGCCCAAACCCAACCCGUUGACCUCUGACCCUCGAGUAUGUGACGCUGGGCAGCUGAGCGCGCGGGAGAGGGAGGGUGUCCUGGGGGAGGUGAAGAUGGCCAGAGCGCUGGUGCUCACCCUGGUAUUUCAGGACGGGAGCACGCAGCUAGACCUGGAGCAGAAGAAUAGUCCGUCUGUGUGUGGAAUCUUGAUUCUCCUGAAGAGGGCACUGGACCUGUCUCGCCCACAACAGACAGAGGAGGAGAAGCUGCUCUUCCUGAGACUGGAGCAAAGGCCCGCCUGGGUCCAACAACAACCUGACCAGAGCCAUGAACAAUUCACCAGAGAGCUGGUUUUGCUGGUGCUGUCGGGACAUAGGCAGGUGGUGUGUUAUAAAGCCAAAGACCUGCUGCGCACCACCCUGCAGCAUCACACACAGAUGCUCAACUGGAAACAAAUGGGUGUGUGUGAGGUGCUGGACCCUCAGAUUGCCUCGUGGCUGCUGGACCCUGCUGAUUCGGCUACCUGCUUCCAGGAGCUCCUGAGCAAACACAGCAAGACGAACACACACUCCUCCUCCUCCUCUUCGAACACACACUCUUUCACACUUGCUCUGGGCCCCCAGAAGGUCACUCAGCUAAUCUCGGGUUUGAAUCAACUGUAUAAACUUAUGGUUGAGUUACGCUCCGCACUGCAGACUAAAGGACUGUGGCAGCUUUAUUCUCAAAUGGAGAUUCGGAUGAUUCCUGUUCUUGCAGCCAUGGAGAGUCACAGGAUCCACGUAGACAGAGAUGCUCUGAAGAAGACCUCAGAGAUGCUGGGGUCAAAGCUGAAGCAGCUGGAACAGGAGGCCCAUCAGGCAGCUGGCCAGCAGUUUCUGGUGUCCAGCAAUAAUCAGCUUCGACUGGUUCUGUUUGAGAAGUUGCGUCUGCAUGAGCGUUGUGAGAAUAAGAAGCUGCCCAAAACCCUUCUCAAACAACAACAGUCAACAUCCGAGGCUGUGCUUUUGCAGCUUCAGGAUCUGCACCCUCUACCCAAGAUUAUUUUAGCGUACAGACAGGUGCAUAAGAUCAAGUCUGCAUUCGUGGACGGCAUUCUGUCAUGCGUGAAUAAGAUGUUCAUCUCCUCCACAUGGAACCAGACCAGUGCUGUGAGUGGCAGACUGUCAGCAAAACACCCCAAUUUCCAGGCGCUGCCGAAACAACCCAUUCAAAUCACCAAGACGCAGUAUGUCCACGGAAAGGAAGCAGAGCUCGUAACCGUACACCCCCGCACCAUGUUCAUUCCCCGGCAAGGCUGGACCUUCCUGUCUGCAGAUUUCUGUCAGAUGGAGUUGCGUCUGCUGGCUCAUCUCUCCUCAGACCCAGAGCUUCUCAGAAUUUUCCAGAAUCCUGAUGCUGAUGUCUUCUCCAUGCUGGCCUCUCAGUGGAAGGGCAUAAAGGAGGACUCAGUGAGUUCAGAGGACAGGGAGCAUGCCAAGCGCGUCGUCUACUCAGUCGUCUAUGGAGCAGGGCGGGAGCGUCUGUCUGGUAUUCUGGGUGUGAGUGCAGAGCAGGCCAGCCAUUUCCAGGACAGCUUCCUGCAGACCUACAGGGAGGUGCAAACCUUCAUCCAAAGAACCAUACAACAGUGCCAGAAUCAAGGUUACGUGGUGUCCAUAAUGGGCCGGCGGCGCUCACUCCCCCACAUCCACUCGGCAGACUGGGGCGCACGUAACCAGGCAGAGAGGCAGGCGGUCAACUUUGUGGUGCAAGGCUCUGCUGCUGACCUGUGUAAGAUGGCCAUGAUCCGCAUCUUCUCCCAGGUCACCUGCUCUGCGUCUCUCACUGCCAGACUGGUGGCUCAGAUCCAUGAUGAGCUUCUCUUUGAGGUGGAGGAACAGCAGCUUCAGGAGUUCGCCUUGUUGGUGAAGAGUACCAUGGAGUCUCUCCAGCACAUAGACAACCUUGGAGUUAAUCUGACUGUACCCCUCAAGGUGGUGGUGUCAAGUGGAUCUUCUUGGGGUUCUAUGUCCGAGCUGUGCCUCCCACCCAGUUCUCCCUCAGCCUGACUCUGUUUUCUUGUCUUUCUCUCUGUUUCUGUUUCUGUUUCUGCCAUUUCCUGUCUCCUCAUUUCUGUCCUUCCACCCUUCCCUUCUGUCUCUCCUCCUCCUUCUCUCUGCGUCCAUCUCACUCGUUCAGUAAUGGCCCCUCCAUCAGCCAUUUCCCUUCUCCUCCUCUCCUCCUUAAUUUAUUACUCUUUCACUCACUCACUCCCUCUUCCUCGCUUUCUCUGCUGCAUCCCGUCACCUUGGCAACCGAGCAGCUGCAGCUCCUCUAGCCCUCUCUACUUGUCAGUAUCCGGUAGCAACGGCAGGAGCUCCAGACUGGAUCACACCAGUUCCUCUUUUUUUGGGGGUCUCUCUGCCUCUACCUCUUUCGUGCUUUUCUCCACCACUUUGCAAAUAGUUUAUUUAUUUCACUCUUGUUGAUCAGCUUUCAUCUACUUGCCUGUAUUCUGUAACCAAGGGAGAAACUGAGAAUAGUUGAUAAUUUGGUUAAUCUGUUGCGUCAGGCAUCUUUUAAAGUGUGAUUCAUGUAUUUAUAUUUUACUUACAUAUCUGUUAUUUAUACAUUCAUACAUUAAUAUAUCUAUCCCAUAUUUAUAUUGUGUCCAUUGUGUGUUGAUUGUAUAUAUAUUGUCAUUUUGUGGUUACUGGCCAGGAGAUUGUCUGAAAGCUUUCUUAA